AUGUACAAACAAAGUUGGGACAGGGAGGGGAGAAACUCCUGCCCGGAAUGUAGAGAGCAGUUUACAGACCGCACCCUCAGGGUGAAUCGGGCCUUGGCGAGACUGUCUGCGAAAGCUCGAACACUGAGCCUGAAUCGGACAGAGAAGGAAAGUAAACAUCACGGCGAGGAACAUCAGGAAGAACUGAAGCUGUUUUGUGAAACUGACAAGAAGCUGAUCUGUGUGAUUUGUGUAGCUGGGCGGGAUCACAAGUCGCACAGCUUCAUGCCGGUAGAUGAAGCUGUUGAAACCUACAAGGGUCAGGUGAAAUCUACCUUCGAAUCUCUCACCGAAAAGGAAUCAGACGUCCAGGAAAUGGAGCAGCAACAGAAAGAGAACGUUUCUGGAGUUCAGGAACAGUCUCACAGCCUUCAGUCACAGGUCACAUCGCAGUUUGCUGAACUGCACCAGAUUCUCACUGAGAAAGAGCAGCGUUUACUCGGAGAUUACCGGGAAGAAGAGGCGAAGAUCGUGAAAACAAUGGAGAAAAAUCUUCAAGAGAUUCAAGAGAAUUUAAAUUCCAUUCAGGAGGAACUCUCAAAGUUGCAGGAAAAGACAGACCACAAGGACAGCGAGGUGUUUCUGAAGGGAGGAGAAGAGCUGACUACGGAUGCGUCUGCUGAGCCUGGACAUUGUGAACAUGAAGAGGCCUCCAUGCACACCGGCUGCAAUGGAACUGACAACACAAGUCCCACGUUCAGUGUCUGA